GUUUUUUGUUGGACUCGUGUAGGGAUGCGUGUAAUCCCGGGUUGAUGCUAGUUGAGUGCAGUAUGUAACGUUGGCCCGGGAACGAGUGAGUGACGUGAUGAAGCGACCGUCAGCGCAUUCCGUGAUGAGUCGCUGCGGCCGUCGGGAGCAAUGAGUUGUGAUGAGGACGGGCAUGCGGCCGCGGUGAUGUGAGCAGAAAACUUGGGGCCCGGUGGUCGCGAGAGUGGUAGAAGCCGUGGUGCUCGCUGGUCCAGUUUGCGGGGGGAGAUGCCAUGGGCACAAGCAGAAGCACGCACUAUUCCAGCUGCACCAACUGGCUUUGCCGCCAGUCCCUCCACACCCUAUUCACACUCAGCUUUAUCCUGGUCUGCCUCCAGAAGAAGGUCUGGGCUGCGGCUGAUCCCAAGCCGAAACCCGGGCCCGAGGCCCCCGUUGCCGCUGAAGACAAUCCUUUGCUUUCUUGUUAUACUUGCGUCAAUGUGUCGGACAACGAUUUGUGCAACAGGUUUGCCAUCGACCACCCCUGUCCGCCAGGCAUGUUAUUCUGCCGCACCACCCACAUAAUGGAUUCGCAUGGAAGAAGCGUUUUAGUGGAUAAGAAGUGCUCAGCGGCAGUCGAGUGUCUGGAGGGCAACGUUGGAUGCUUGGAUAUUGAUGGCCAACGGAUAUGUGUCUCUUGCUGUGAUGAAUCUUACUGCAACAAGGAUGUGCCGACGGGCUACCACGAUGCCGUGCUCAACCACACCCACCACCACCGGGAAGGGUCGCAGUUGGCGGCGCACAGCAACGUGAGCAGUGGCACACCUACAGGCGCCACUCGCCUCACCAACGGCUGCAUCGGUCUGUCGACGUCUGCACUCCUGCUCAUCAUCCAUUGCUUGUUCACCCUCGCCUUGCCUCCCAGUUUGCAACACUGCCGUGUUUCGCUGAAGGCGUGAACUGAAAGAAAAAUAAAAAUACGAAACUGAUUUUUCCUCCCCUUUUUUUCGUGUCUUCGGUGUAUGCGCUAUAGUGUCUGUGACUUGUUGCCGUGUGAUGAUGAUGAUGAUGUUUAGUCUAGUCGUGUCCCUCUGCGCGGAAAUUCCCCAGUUCUCUUGAAGUUCCCGCUCGGAGUUGAAGAGUGAGAUUAAUUUUGGAAAGAGAGGGGGAGGGUUCAUAGCUUUAGCCGGUUUCGGAAGGAAAACCCAAUCUACGCCCUCCCGAGAACGUUUAAUUGAACUUCCGAGUUACGACUUCUGGUCGACCUGGAUCUCGAACUCGCUGGUAAGACUCAUGACUUCCCGAGGCCGUGAGUUGCGCAUAAAUUGGAUCAUGGAGGAAUUCGCUAAGAGUAAAUCGAUUAUUACUAUCAAAAAAUACCGAAUUAAGGUGAAUUAAGGUCUCAUUGAAGUUGGUUGAUGCUUCAAUUAACGUUUGUUUAUCCCGUGAUAUUCAAACUUGAAAGUUCUCGACGUGUUACCAAUAAAUGCCAGGAGAUGUCCGAUUUUUUCGCGCGCUGGUGAAUUUUCACGUGAAAGUCGGGCGGUUCUGAUGAUCAGAUCAUUUUGCAAAACUGCUUCUGUAGUACAGUAUUCAUUUUUUUUUUAUCGAAUGUACCAAAUUUUCCAAGAAAAAAUUCUGCAGCUGGUGCAGUAUCCAUUUUCAGUUUUAUAGAUGCCUCUCCUCUUAGUUUUGAAUCUUCAAAGUUUACCUGCAAGGUCUCUGAGGCUAAAAAAUGUAAAAAGAAGUUUUCUUCCGGUUCCCUAAAAAUGUCAGUGUAUUAAAGUUUAAAAUCAAGGAUUUAGCAAUGAAAAUGAAUAUGUAGAGCUGGCUGAAAAGAGUGUAAAAAAAAAAGGAAAAACUUUGAAAUUCAUUUUUGAUGACCGUUUCCACCAGGGCGCGCAAAAGUCGAACCCUAGUACAUUGAUGCUGUAUGUGUCUCAUCGGAAUAAAAAUCGAAACUCGUGAUAAAAUUUCGCUUUUCCAAUGUGAUAAUUUCCUUGAAGCCUUUGGCUCGACCUAAUGCAACGAUUAGCUGUAACAACGAUCUGAUGGGUUCUCCUCUAAAACAAAGAACGUGUGAUUUUGAAAAUGAGAACGAAUGUUAGAUUGGACUGGAGCUUCGAUAGUGGAAUGAAUUUCAUUGAUUAGAAAAAAAUUCUAAGUCGGUUUUGGAAACUCGGGAGUUUCGCUUGUUGAGCGGCAUGGGCAAUCAGAAUCGCAAGUCUCCCAUCUUCUGGUGCUUUCCCGUUGAAUUGCGGGAAUGUUUGAUUCCCCAUCAUAGUACCUGUUGCUAUUGUUUUUAUUUUUCUAGCACUACGAGAGCAGGACUUUGGGGAAAAGCGAGGUGCUUUUGUUCGAUAACUCGAGUUGCGGUGUGGGAUAUUCUUUCUCCACCGGACUGUUGUUCUGCAUGCACUUUAUCAAUUACGUUGGAUUAAAAACUUUUCGUUUUCCUCGUGUAAGCUGAGCGAGUAUUAGGUUUUUUGUGUUCAGAUUAUAAAUUCAUUCGGGCUUCAAGUUUAUUGUGUUUUCCGAGUACUUGUUUGUGUGACUUUUGCAGAGUGUUCAAAAGGUUGCUGUGCAGUUUUAGAAUGUCAUCGUUUCGGAUAAUGGAACGGCCUAAAGAUGAACAUGCUUUCAAGCGUCAGUUGGUUGAAUCUAGCAUUUGCUCUUGUAUGUUUUGCAUAAGUAUAGCAAUUUUUUGUUAUGAGCUGGCUGAGGUUUUCAGAAAACAAAAAUGUGCAUCGAAAAGUAAAGCAUUGAAUCGCGAAACUCUUUUCAUCUUCUAAACAUUUUCUUCUACCCGUUUUACGCAGUAAAUACACUGUCUAUAAAAAAGUCGCGUUAUUCACUUUUCAGUAGCCAUUAUUCGAGGAGAAUUUCAGUAAUUCGAAAAAAUCUUCUGUCGUUUCAAGGUGUAGCCUAUCUUUGCUCAAUUACAGUGUUUCACGCAAAUGCUAUGAAAACGGCGUGUAAGCCUUCUUGAACUGCGUAGAAACUUAUUGAACACUCUCCACACUUUUGUUGCUACGAGACAUUGUCGUUCUCCGUGUUCAUGAGCGAUUGCUCAAAUUUCCAUUUCAGUUUAUUGUGAGUUGAAUUUUUUUUAUACGAGAAAGUCUUCAUUGGUAAAUCUGGAGAACUUAUGGGAAAACGCGCCAUAUCUAAUUGUUCGUCAGAUUAAUUUGAAGCUUGUGUUCUGAAAAUUUGGAGUAUUCUCGAACGAGCCGAGUUCGUUUUCUUGUCGAGAGAGUUGAUGCAAUGUCAUUCGAGUGUGAGAAGAAAAAUCGAAGCCUUUCGCAGUUGAUCGAAUAGAAAAUUGUAUGCGUACUGAAAGACAAUCAAUCUAAGAGUGUUGGGAUGCACCAGAAGGUUGGAUUUUGCCGUAAGUUCCAGCGAGGGGCAAGCAUUUUUAGUCGGACUUUGAACACGAGACAGUGACCUGGUACUUAGUUGUGGUACCUGGCAGUUGCUCAGGAAAUGCCAAGAAAAAAAACAAUCGUUACGAGCUGCAGCUUAUUAGGAAAUUCAGCUGAGCUUCGUCUGUUGAGAAGAGGUGGGGAAAAGGAGCAUUUAUCUGUUACCGGGGAAUCGCGUAGCCGAAGUUCAAAAAGGAUAUGGUUGGAAAAUGUACAAAGUUGCUCAAUGAAGUGUUUUCACGAGAUUUUGAUUCUGCACUAGAAUAUUUAACUACGUAUCGCGUGGAUGUCGUGUUUUUUUUUUUUCUCAUCCUCUCAUUUCUCGGGCUGUGUGCUGGCUCUCGUGCUAAUCGAAUCCCCUGAGUGGUAUAGCUCUUGGCGACGAGGAUUUUUUUCUUUUGCCUCGGGGUCCGACUAAGUACAGGGUGAUCCAUGUGUUAAUUGACCUGCGAAAGCGGGAAUAUUUCGGGCAAUGAUGAAUCUACUACUGUAUUACGAAAAUUAUGAAGAAGGAAUUUGCAGUGUUCCCCAGAGAGACAAAGAAAACCCUAAAAAUCCUGGCAUCACCCUUUCGAAGGUGAAUUUUUUUGCAGUUUUUGUAUUGGAAUUCCUUUUUGCUAAGCAGUGAAAAGACGGAGAUCUCGGUGUCGAUUUUUUUUUAUCAAAUGAGGGACGAUGAGAUUUUAUAGUUCAUAAUUUGUUUCAUGAAGUUCCUUCACAAAAUAUGGCUCUGUUUCUUAGAGUUGAAGAAAGUGUUUUGUUAUUCUUGAUUUAUUUGAGCAUUGCUUUCUUUGUUUGAGUACGCUGCCAUUUUCUGUUGUGGUGAAAAAUAUUUGUCGAUUGAUUUAUUCGACAAUCAAUGGAGUCUGGAAGGGAUUAGCUCUUCUAUAGAGCUUAACAAUGUUCAACGGAAAUAUUUUCUGUUCUGUGCUGUAACGAAUCCCGCAGUUUGUAAAGCUUUACAAUGAAAACAAAUGAAAGGGAGAAGUCCAAUAACCGAGACACCAGUAUCCAUUAAGAUUAAAAACAUGUUCGCACUCUCAGGAAAGUAAUGCAAACUCACUUUUCUGUUGGAUCAAUCAGUCCGAGUAAAUUAAUACUUUCGUUGCUUCAUAUGGCGUCUUUUAGUCUAGAAUUUAAAAUGUUUCUGUGUUAUUGAGAAGUAAUAGCUGAAAUAUUCCCGUUCUUGUGGGUCUGUAUGUAGUGGAGCUUGAAUCGCCUUGUACUUCCUUGUUCCUGCAAUGAGAGCAGGUCACGUGUGGUGACGGAGGGAGACGAAGGCGAUCGGUGCGCCGAUUUGUUCAUCUAUCGUUGCGUGAUGAGUGGACGAUCGUCCAGCUGUGUGCCAUGUUGGGGAUGAGUGCAAUUGGCGGAGGAUGGGGGGUGGAAUCGCACCCUUCCGCCUACUCAGUGUUCAGAGUUCAAUCAUCACUUUCAUUGCAUUUUACUUGUUAUUGUCAAGCGAUUUUUUCCAUUGUCCCCGUUUUUUGGCUUGCGCACGCGGCGGCGCGGUGAACGUAAUGUGGCCAAUUAGUCACGGCCUUGGUGCUCGACCUUGACAGGAAAUAUAUCGAAGCAAUUCAAUCAUUUCCUCAACGAAAA